AUGGAUUUCUUAGUGAAUGCUGUGAAAGCAUACUUCGAUAGGAGUUGGUCAAGAGAAGACAUGAUGAGUUUAGCAACAAUUCCCCAGAACGAUCGUACAAGCUUGAACAGGGUGUAUUUGACUCUCUAUUGGGCCAUGAUGUGCUCUAGUUAUGGAUCCUUCUUGCACUUGUUCUGGGAAUUGGGGGGACUGUUACCAGUCUUUUUAACUGUAGCAAGUGUACUCAGGCUUCACUUUACAUCCCCACAGAGAGUGAUGAAGAGGGUCUCACUUUUGAUGAUUUCUGCCCUUUUCUUCGGUGCUUCUGUUGUCCCUUUUACCAAAUAUUUCUUCACAACCGAUCAAAUGUAAGACUCAA